AUGGACGACCGAGGAGUCGCGGAUGGACCGCUAGAACGCGAAGUAGUCGAUUCCACCGCUGCGCACCCCGUUCGUUGCCAAGGGAAACACUGUGGAGAAAAUCCUAGGGAUCACUACAAGUCUGCUAGGCCGUUGCGAGUCUUGGCGGCCGCAAGACAGGCAACAGAUCUGUCAUCCCAGACAUGCACGCCGGUCAGCCGGCGGGGUCAUGGCCGGACAUAA